UUGGAUCAGUCACCCUCUAGCCACCGCCCCAGGAACAACAGUAUUUUUCACGCUCUCUUAUCACUCGUUUUCGGGAGAAAUUUUUGCAGUUUUAAAAUCGCAAUUUUUUUUGAAACUGUUUUAGUUUUCUUUUGAUUUUUUUUUUCCCACUUUCGGUGGACCUCAGGAGCUAUUUAUUAGCUGAUGAAGAUGCUGAUCGAACUUGUACGCGAGUCUGUGUUGCAGUGCUUCUGUCACAGCUGCACAGUACCUCUGAGUGUCGUAGCUGGACAGAGGAGAGGUAAUGUGCCCAUGAAGAAGCCCAGUGGCAAGGGAAAGCCACGAACGAAACAGCCGAAGAAAGUGAAAUUCAUAACUACUGAGAUACGAUGUCAGGAGAAGUCCAAGGGUGGACUGUGUUACGAAGUGAUAUUGGCGGAGCCAACGGGCUCAAAACGUGCCCCAUCACCACCCCAGACACCACCCGCUCAGCAGACUGCCAUUGAGGAUAAGCUCAAAGCUGCUGAGGAGAGGAGACUCUCAUUAGAGGCACAUAAACUGGCAUCAAUUGCUGCCAAGAUGAGCAGAAUUGAGGAGACAUCGCGUAAGAGGGAUGAACUCAACUCAGCAUUCAUCGCAGCAACUCGAGACUCACUCGAUGCCAAGAUGAAUAACUCGGAGGGAAAGCGUGAGGCCCAUAUUGCCGAGUUGAAGAAUAAGUUGAAGGAACAUCUUGAGGCUGUUGAGAAGACACGUUUAAAUCUGGAGCAGCAAACGAAUGAGGUACGUGCUGCUGUUGAGGAGAAACUGAAAACAGCAGCUGCACAGAGGGAUGAGAACAUGAAGCACAUGCUGGAACGUCUGAAGGAGCACGAGGAGCAAGUUGCCAGGGUUCGCCAGGGCAUGGCCGAGCGUGUCCAGCAGUUGGAAUCGCAGAUCCAGGGCAAGCUCGAUCAGGCACGAGAACGCAGGGAGACAAUAGAACGUGAACAGAAGGAGAAACUGCGUAAUCACAAUACGGUGAAGAUAGCGAAGGUACGUGAGACAGCGGAUGUCUGUGCAAUGCGAGAGCUCGAGGCUAAGAAGCGUGAGAUUGACUUGAAGGUGUCGAUUGCUGAAGAGAAUCGUCAGCGAGAGAUUCAACGUCGUCUUCAGGCUAUUCGCCAACAUGAGAGGCGUGCUGAAAUGGUCAGACAGACCAAAGCAGCCCUGGCUGGCCAGGACUCAACCAAGACAGAUGAGAGUGCCUUACCAGUGGAAAAUGAAACUGCCAGCUCUGGUUAAGCGAAAUAAUCGAGCCGCAAAUGCUUAAUUGAACCCAACAAUCUUAACACGAUUGAUAUUAUCCCAUCAUUAAUCGUCGCAGCCAAAACGAGAUAUUGUAGACUCGAAGAGAGUGAAAUGAAAAAGAAUAACACGAGAAUAGUUUAAAGGUAAUCUUCAAUAACGGAAAUAUUUUUUCACUCAUUUAGGUUCAUUUACUGAGGGACAAGAGGUGGAAAAAAUAUUUCUGGAUUUCAAUAAAACGACGAGAAAAGUUAGUGAAUAAAAGUCAUAAUUACUGAAAGGCAGCGGGUUCAUUAUUACAGUAAAAUGCUGAUGGACUUGUGAGCUUUAUAAAAUUGCUUCGUGCCAUUUUCCGUCGUUUCGGCAUCAACUAAAAAUAAUGAGUGAGAGAAGAUAAAUAUGACGAGAUAAUCAGCGAGAGAUUUAAAAAUUAAGAUUCAUUAGUUUUACCGCAUAUUUUUCAAUUAAUUUCUGAUUCUGUUGAAUUUGUGCCUAAAAGUAAAAUUGCUCUGUGCUACUUUUCUCUAAUUUUGUAUCAAUCAAAAUUCAAACUCAUUAAUUAAGGGAAAAACGGGUGGAAAAUCACAAAAAAAAUUUAAACUCCGAGAGAAAAAAUAUGCAAAAAAAUGUAACACUUAGAUAUAUUUUAUGCUUACGUUGUAUUAAUUAUGUUUCUUUAUAAUUUUCAUAAUAUCGAAUACAAUACCAAGUAACCGAUGUUGAUAUGUUGGCUUUGAUAGCGGAAGAAUUUUAAGCGGAGAGAGUGUGCGACUGAGUGCUCUGCAGAGAAUGUGAAAAAAAAACAUUGGGCAUUCUUUUAAUUGGGAGAUGAUAAUUGAAUUUACGGUGUGGAUGGACAAAAAUGGACAGUUUCAUGGGAAUACUGGGGAUCAUAGCUGAUGUCUGUAGUUGGGGAAGGGUUCGGAACGAUUGCCAAUGGAAUAUAUAUUCCAGAACGAUUUUUAACCGAUCAAUUUUCGAAAUGCAGUAAAAACAAUUUUGUACUCAUUAACUUCUUUCAUUAUUCAUUUCGAAAAUUGUUGGAGGCGUCAACGGUCGCCCACUGACUCAAAAUAUCUCUUGAUUCUUUUAAUAUUGACAUGUCGAGUGUCGCUGAAACUAGACAGACUUUAAGAACAAUUUCUACUGCGACACGGAAUCCCAAAUGGUAAUCAAUGAAAAAUGGAUAAAAAAAAAAUGUGUUAACGUAUGAAUUCGCAUUUCAAGUGGAUGGUAAAUGUAACAGUGCUUUAUACAGUUUAUACUAAGCUUCGAAAAAGAAUGAUAAAUAUAUUAAAGAAACUAAAUAAA